CGGCGGGCGGGAACAUGGCGGGAGCGCGGGCUCUGCUCCGGCACUGCCCGCCGCUGCUGCUGCUGCCGCAGGACCGCCGCGGCGCCGCCUACGAGGGCUUUGUCACUGCCCAGGGUGGAGACUUCCACAUCAGGCUACUGCUGCCGGUGGAUUUGCAACUGAAAAAUGCCAGGAUAGAGUGCAGCUGGCGUCUGAAGAAGAUCCUGCGUGGAUGUCGGCACAUUUUAAAGCAGAGGCUGCAGAGCUGCCCAGAUCUUGUCAGCUUUGUGGUGGAACUGAAAACUAUUUUGGAAAUUGCUUUAAAAAACACACAAGACCUGCACAUCUCACGGCCUCCAGAAUACUACUCCUGUCUUGUCAGAGAUCUAGAAAUACUGGGCUGGAAUAGAGUGGCCUAUGUGGACACUGGGCUGACCACAGUCAAGUUAAAAGCUGAAGAUUUGUGGUUGACAGCAUCUCAUCACUCUCAAGUUAAAUGCAAAGGUUUCUUUAAUGUGCCUUUGUGACCACUGAACAUGGAAAACUUAUCCUACAGAACCACCAGAUUGCCUUGUGGAUUUUCCUGUUCCAUUUGCUGUUUCCUGGAUGCCACAGGUAACUACUUGUCCUGGUUUAG